GGAAGCCGGAAGGGUUCGGCCUAUUGGGAUCUCGAUCCCCGAGCGAGCAAGCGAGCGAACGGCGAAACAAGCGAGCGAGCGUACGAGCGAACGAGCGAUCGAGCGUAAGACAGAGCGGACGGUUAAGGCGACCCACCGGACAUGGAGCCGGGCAAGGAGGAGGAAGCGGCAGCACUCCCGGCGGAGCACGAGAUAGGGACUCGACCCCGACCGACCCCCAGCAAACAGCAGCGAACGUGGGUGCUCGCCGAGCUAGUAGCCCGCCAGCGGAGGACCGGCGCGACCACCGAGACCAGGCGGGAGGCCAAGGAAAUGGCCCGCAGUGUGAAGGAGCCCGAGCCCGACUGGGCAGUCGGCAAGCGGCGCUUGGACGAAGACGCCUGGGCCGCGGUGGAGGCGGAGGAUAUCGCCGCGGCCGAAGACCGUGCGCGAGCGAGGGUGCGCGCUUUAGAGGCGGCUCGGCCCAGGACCCCGCGCUGGGUGGCGACCUGGGCCCCGAAGAAAUGUUGGAGGUGCGAAGGAGUCGGGCACACCAUUGCCCAGUGCCCGAGCCCCCAGCACACGGAGACGCGUUGUUACCGCUGCCAGCGCCCGGGGUACACGAUGAAAACGUGCCCCGGGUGCAGCCAGAUCUGGCAGCUGAUAGCCCGUAGGGACCGUGACUUAAAAUAGGCGAGGCGCGGCCGGCCAUCCAAUAAUUUCUUUUUUGCUUUUUCCUGCCACCGGAGCGUGUUCUUUUUUUUUCUUUUCCCCGUUUUUGGUUUUUUUCCUUCCUCUGAAUAAUUUUUGUUUUAAUUUUGGUUUUCCGUGGGAACGGACGCAAUUAUUGUAUUUUUAUUGUGACCUAUGUAUCGCCGACGAAAUAAGAACGGAGGAGGGCGUACAAAGUGAAAUCUUGGUGUCUUAUUUCCCGAAAUCCCUAGCAUUAGCGCCGUCGCGCGGAGCAAGGGGGGAUGUCGCUUAACGAUUGCGAGCGUAGGGUGCCUCCGCGGUAUGAGCCCACAUCUGAGAGUCGAUCCAUCCUUCGAUAGAGCGGCCGACGGGUCUCCCCCUGGACCGGAGCGGUUGCGGCAUAAGGACGGCGAGCGGCGCGACGGAUCCGGGAACGCCUGAAGAGGAACCGGCUCUCGAGACAGCCGCCGAAGGUACCAAGCGAGGCUGGGCACCCUACGCGCGUAGAUUAAGCUUACGUGAGAAAUUAGUUAGUAAUAAGUCUUGGGGGGGGAUAUCCGCCAUUUGUGUUCUCUUUUUGGGUUUGUGGUUGUUUGGUCAAAGGUCAUUGGUGUUGGUGGAGGGAAAACCCUGUCUUUCCGGAUUAGCGAGCUAGCCGUUGGUUAGGAUAAAAAGGUCGAGUGAGGCUCGGUCAAUCGUUCGGACAGACGACCACCGUAGAGAUCUGGUACGUAGACCGGGGAGACUUACAGCGGACGAUAAGACCGAGGGACUCGGUCCUUUUCGGGGAGGAGGAGUGUAACGUGGCAGCCUGGGGCGCCCGUUACAGAGUGUCUAAAAUUGUGCAAACCCGUCGAUUUGGCGUCGGAACGCCCGUGCAAGCGGGGCAGCUGCGGGUUACGAGCUGAUAUUAGCAUAUGCCGGGAUUUUACCCAGAGGUUUUGGCGUGCUAGAGCGAGUUGACGGAGGGGCCGUGGGGCCCGGAGCUUUUGGAGAUUUUGGGCGGAAGCCACCAGGAAUCUGCCUUCGUCGGUGAUCGCGAAGC